CUCCCCCCUUGAUGACUCCAAAUGAGCAGAGCUAAAAAAUAUGCUGCAAUUCUUAUUUUUAUUUUCAUUUUUUGUUUUUUAAGAAAAAAGGCUAACCUUCUGACUUUCCAAAGAACUGAGUCUAGUAAUACACCAAUGGAUGGAAUUUUCGCUUACACCAUUCUCAUUUUGCUUACCAUAUUUUCAUUUAUGUUCUUACCAAAACCAAACAGAAGAAGACCUCAGAACCAGACACUUGCAAAGCUCCCUCCAGGCUCAAUGGGGUGGCCGUACAUAGGAGAAACCCUUCAACUCUAUUCCCAAGACCCAAAUGCCUACUUUUCCACCAAACAUAAAAGGUAUGGCGAAAUAUUCAAGACCAACAUCUUGGGUUGCCCCUGUGUGAUGCUGACAAGCCCUGAGGCUGCACGCUUUGUGCUAGUGACUCAAGCUCACUUGUUCAGACCAACAUACCCGAAAAGCAAGGAGCGUUUGAUUGGUCCUUUUGCUCUGUUUUUCCACCAAGGUGAAUACCACACACGUUUGAGGAAGCUUGUUCAGAGGUCACUGUCUCUAGAAGCACUUCGCAACUUGGUGCCUCAUAUUGAAGCCUUAGCCUUAUCUGCCAUGAACUCUUGGGGUGGUGAUGGCCAAGUCAUUAACACAUUUAAGGAAAUGAAAAUGUUUUCUUUUGAAGUUGGAAUCCUCACAAUUUUUGGCUAUCUAGAGCCGCGUUUGAGGGAGGAGCUGAAGAAGAAUUACCGGAUUGUGGACAAUGGUUACAAUUCCUUUCCAACGUGCAUCCCGGGAACACAAUACCAAAAGGCACUAUUGGCUAGAAGGAGACUUGGCAAGAUUAUAGGUGACAUAAUUUGUGAGAGGAAGGAGAAGAAGUUGCUUGAAAGGGAUCUAUUGAGCUGCUUAUUGAAUUGGAAAGGUGAAGGGGGAGAAGUGUUAUCUGAUUACCAAAUUGCAGAUAACAUUAUUGGGGUGCUUUUUGCUGCUCAGGACACCACAGCUAGUGCCAUGACAUGGGUUGUAAAGUACCUGCAUGAUGAACCCAAACUUCUGGAGUCUGUAAAGGCUGAGCAGAAGGCAAUUCACAAGUCUAAUGAAGGUAACCUACCACUGAGUUGGGAUCAGACUAGAAACAUGCGAAUUACUCACAAGGUUGUGUUAGAGAGUUUGAGAAUGGCAAGCAUCAUAUCAUUCCCUUUCAGAGAAGCAAUAGCUGAUGUGGAAUACAAGGGAUUCCUAAUACCAAAAGGGUGGAAAGCGAUGCCUCUGUUCAGAAAUAUUCACCACAAUCCAGAAUAUUUUCCAGAGCCUCAGAAGUUCAACCCUUCAAGGUUUGAGGUCGCACCAAAGCCCAAUACUUUCAUGCCAUUUGGUAGUGGAGUACAUGCCUGCCCCGGCAAUGAGCUUGCUAAGCUGGAGACACUGAUUAUGAUCCAUCAUUUGGUCACCAAGUUUCGGUGGGAAGUGGUAGGAUCCAAGUGUGGGAUUCAAUAUGGCCCAUUCCCCUUGCCACUGAAUGGACUCCCAGCUAGAUGUUGGAGAGAAUCUACCAGCUAGAAAAGCAGCAUGGGAAGAAAACGCAUGAUAUCAUAUAGCUGAGAAGCAAUCCACUUUCCAAAGUCACAAAAAAAUAAUUAUCUUUUUCUUUUCUAUGUUGACUCUGUAAUUUUUACUUUUUAUUUUUCCAUGGUGGGGGCACUUCAAUAUUUACCCCUCUAUCCUUAAUCCUUUUCUACCCCUGAAAGAAAGAAGCAACAGGGGUGUGGUGCUUUAUUUUUCACUUCAAUCAUUAGUUUCAAUUAUCUUUUUGAGUCAAGAA